AUGGAGAGCAGUAGCCUAGCUAGACGACAGCAGCCGAAUGCUGCUGAAACAACCACGAGGAGCAGCUCGUACAAACGCGCCAUAGAACAGGUCGACAGAGCAGAAGAGAGCACGCCCUCGAAACGAAGGGGCAGACGGCCUGCAACUAUUGCAGGUGCUAAUAGUUCUCGCUCGGAAUACGAUUUUCCUUCAGACGACGAUAAAAAGCCCAAGGCAACAGGGGAGGAUACACCAAGAAAGCGAGGGAGGCCUUCAGCAACCAAAACACCUCAGGCAAAUGGGGAAGCAUCUACACCCCGCGGCCGUAAGAGCAAAGGGAUCAAUGUUGUGACCCCAUCUAAAACCCGAGGUAUUGUCCAUGGAGAAACACCGCGGCGACAGCGCAAUGAUCGAUCUGCAAGGAAGAAGAGCGCUAGAGCUUUGAUUGAGAAGGUCAUUACUGGCGUCUCUAGUGACGAGGAGGUUGAUGAGGACAUCGCUCGAGAAAUAUAUGAAUCGAGUGAAGACGACGAAGUCGAGGACGGCGUCAUAAAUAGGCACCAUGGUGACGAAGACACAAAUGAAAUAGGAGACGAGCCCUCAACGCCGUCCAGGAAGUCUCGCGGCCGCACGACGGCUAAGAAAGGAACAAGAGCACGCAAGAAAUCUCCAACGCCACCUCGAGACCUGCCUCCUCACGAACUUUACUUCGCGCAAAACCGACCCGGCGCCGCAAAAACAUCGAAUAAUACUCUCGCAUCUCUCAAACUCCUUACCCAUGAAGAAUAUUUCUCCCUUCUUCGCGAUUACGAAGAGCCCCAUCAGGAUGAUGUCGAGUUUCUCGACUCUAUUCACGUGCAGUCUUUCCCUCAGUGGGCUUUUGAGCUUUCACACGGCUUCAGUGUCUGCUUGUAUGGAUAUGGUUCAAAACGUGCACUCCUACACAAAUACGCGAAAUAUAUAUACAGUACAAUUUCAGAUCAUGGCAAGCAUCGCAUUGUAAUUGUUAACGGUUAUGUGCGCGCGAACAUGAGUUCUCUACGGGAUAUUUUAUCUGUAGUUGCCGGGGCUAUUGACUCAAAACACAAGCUCGCGGCGGGUGGACCAUCAGUGAUGAUGGAAAACUUGAAGAGUCUACUGUCUUCCCACGAUAUUACGAUUACAGUUGUCUUAAAUUCUAUAGACGCUGCCCCUCUGCGACGUCCAGGUUUUCAACCGAUACUGGCCCAGCUGGCUGCACAUUCCCAAAUCCAGUUUAUCUGUUCAGCUGACACGCCCGACUUCACGCUGCUCUGGGAUAGCAGCUUGCGGUCUUCAUUUAGCUUCGUCUUCCAUGAUUGUACAACAUUCAUCCCUUUCACGACUGAGUUGGAAGUAGUAGAUGAUGUUCACGAACUCCUGGGAAGGAAGGCUAGACGCGUGGGUGGAAAAGAAGGCGUGACAUAUGUUUUGCGUAGUCUAACUGAGAACGCACGGAACUUAUACCGCCUUCUAAUAGGCGAAGUACUCGUUGCCAUGGAUGAUGAGGCCGACCUGUCGAGUGAGAACCCAGGAAUAGAGUACAGAAUGAUAUAUAAUAAGGCGGUUGAGGAAUUCAUAUGUAGUUCGGAAAUGGCGUUCCGAACGUUAUUGAAAGAAUUCCACGAUCACCAGAUGAUAACAAGUCGUAAAGACAUACUAGGCACCGAAAUGCUCAGUGUGCCUUUUCGAAAGGAAGAACUUGAAGGAAUACUUGAGGAUAUUGUAUGA